GCCGCACGCCUCCACCCGAAGCCGCCAGCCGACGACUACGAUCGGCGGCGGCGCCCGGGUGCGGCGGCGCCUCGGCUCCCCUGAUCUCCCCCUUCCGGAAUGGACGGCCAGGCUCCACCUCCUCUCGACGCCCUGGCCCCCGAGCCACUCGCAGUCGCCGACGAGCUCCCGCCGCCGCCGCCGCCUCUUGAGGUGGAGGACGCCCUACCCCCCGGUAUGGACGGCCAGGCUCCGCCUCUCGACGGCGUCGCGCCGGGUCCGUUCGCCGUGUCCGACGAGCUUCCGCCGCCUCCUUCGCCGACGGGCGAGGUGGAGGACGCCAUACCCGUCGCGCCCGACACCGUCAACGCUGCCUCUUCGGGGGUGCCCGAGGCUGGCACAGGUGGGGUCGCGCUCACAGACGAGCUCCGCGACCAGAUCGUCAAGCAGGUGGAAUACUAUUUCAGUGAUGAGAAUCUUCCUACCGACGAGUUCCUGUUGAAAUAUGUGAAGAAGAACAAGAAGGGCUUUGUUCCUAUUGAGACUAUCGCAUCAUUUAGAAGGAUGAAGAAACUUGUUCAGGACCUCUCAGUAAUUGCAGCUGCACUCAAGACAUCACCAAAGCUGGUUGUAAGUUCAGAUGGGAAAAGGGUCAGGAGGUUAGGUCCAUUGCCACAGAAUGAACUGAAAGAUUCAAAGAAAAGCACAGUUUUGGUGGAAAAUCUACCUCCAGAUUUCUCCAUGGAGAGUAUACAGGAAAAGUUUGGUACAGUUGGCAAAGUUGUGAACAUAACAAUUAAUGAUCCAGAAUUAGCAAAAGAAUCUUCAACUGCUAAGAAGCCAGCCUUCAUUUUAAGUAGUAAGGUUCAUGCCCUUGUUGAGUAUGAAGCAGUGGAGGCCGCUGAGAAGGCUGUUACUACCUUAAGUGAUGAGAGCAACUGGAGAACUGGUAUGAAAGUCAGGCUUCUGUCAAAGGGAUCAGGAAAGCAUAGCAAAUCGUCAAAAGAAAAUCAGGAUACAGUUUCCAAGAAGAACAUUCAGAAUCAGCAUGGAAAAGAACAGCAAACAGCCUUGGAAAAGAACAGCAUUGGUGAUUCAAUGGAGAAUACUAAUGACAAGGAAAAUUUGAACUCUGCUUUCACCACUGAGACUGAGCACCAACACCAAAAGCCAAAUCCUAAAGGAGGGCGAAAAGGCCAGUACAAAGGUGACAGUCAGAUUCAGCAAAAUACAAACAAACAAGGUUCUGAGUCAUUAAACAAGCCUAUUCCUGGACCAAGAAUGCCAGAUGGAACGAAGGGCUUUACAAUGGGGCGUGGUAGACCUCUUCCACUACAGAAAUCUGAGAAAGCUGAAGAGUAGAGCUACCCGAAGAGGCCUGUUAAAAACCUAACGGAAGAACCUUGUCCAAAGACAUCUAUCCAAACAUGUUUUGUACAAAAAAAAAUCGCAUGAGAAUAUCCGAGGUGUUUUCAGCAUGAGCAAUGGAGCACAAAACAAAGGGAAUGCCUUGUACAGAACUGCAGUUUUGUGUGGGAUCUUUCUUAAUUCACUGGUUCGGUGGUUUGUUCUGUGAUAUUUGGUUCUACGAGUACGACUGUCGAAGCUGCGCUUGCAUUUCUGAAGCACCUGUUUCUGCUUGCCUAGUUUUUUGCGAAGAAAUUUGAUUGUGAAUGAAAUUACAGUUAACCUUGCUUA